CUGCUAAAGGCAGUUCAUUUCUUGCCAUCCAGAGUGCGCAUGCGCAAAAGCUAGGCGACUUGGCGAAGCCUCUAACGCCCCUUGUUCGAGGAACCCGGUACCGCAGAGAGAAAUCCUACCGUAAUUGCACUAAUCUAGCUUACACUCUUGCUAGAAACACUGUAAGUCCCCACUGAGCAGUCCUUCGAGUGCUCCAAAAUGGAUGCCAACCGACCCAGGAUGCCCGGACUUGGCCCCAGCUAUAGCUCGGGUCCCAGGUUCAGCUUGGGUCCCGGCGUCAGCUCCAACCCCCAGGUCACCUUGAGCCCCAGAAUCAGCUCCGGCCCCCAGUUCAGCUUUGGUCCCAGCAUGAACUCCAACCCCCAGUUUGGCUUUGUCCCCAGCAUGAACUCCAGCCCCCAGUUCAACUUGGACCCCAGGGGCAGCUUGGGCCACGAGGCUAGCUCUACUGCUGGAGUCAGCUCUGGCUCCCAGUUCAGGUUUGGAGCCAGUGUCAGCUCUGGCUCUCAGUUACAUUUUGGAGCCGGUGUCAACUCUGGCUUCCCGUUCCACUUGGGAGCCAGUGUUAACUCUGGCUCCCAGUACAGCUUUGGCCCCAGCAUGAGCUCAAGCUCCCAGUUCGGCUUUGGCCCCAGCUCGGGCUCCCAGUUCAGUUUGGGCCACAAGGUCAGCUCCAGCCACAGUGCCAGCUUGGGCCCUAUCGUCAGCUCUGACCCCCAGUUCAGUUUGGGCCCCAGCAUCAGCUCUGGGUCCCAGUUAGGCUUGACCCAUAAGGUCACCUCUAGCCCUAUCGUUGGCUCAGGACCCCAGUUCAGCUUCGGCCUUAGCACCAGCUCCAACUCUCAGUUAGGCUUGGCCCAUAAGGUCACCUCUAGCCCUAUCAUUGGCUCAGGACCCCAGUUCAACUUCGGCCUUAGCACCAGCUCUACCUCUCAGUUCAGCUUGGGCCACGAGGUCAGCUCUAGCCGCAGUGCCAGCUUGGGACCCAUCACCAGCUCUGACCCUCAGUUCAGCUUGGCCCCCAGCCUCAGCUCUGGGUUCCAGUACAGCUUGGGCCACAAAGCCACCUCUAGCCCUAAUGUCAGCGCAGGUCCCUGGUUCGGCUUCGGCCCCAACACCAGCUCUACCUCCCAGUUCAGCUCGGGCCACAAGGUCAGCUUUAGCCGCAGUGCCAGUUUGGGCGACCAGGUCAGCAGCUCCAGCCGCAGUGCCAGUUUGGGCCCCAUCAUCAGCUCUGACCCUCAGUUCAUGUUGGCUCCCAGCAUCGGUUCUGGCCCCCAUUUCGGCUUGGGCCACAAGGUCAGCUCCAGCCCCCAGGUCAGCUUGAACCCCAGCAUCGACUCCGGUCCUAGUUUCGGCUUCGGCACCAGCGUGGGGUCCAGUGGCACCAACGUUGGCUCCGUUCCUCAGUUCAGCUUUGCCCCCAUCGUGGGCUCCAGACCCAAAUUUGGCUCCGACCCCAGCAUCAGUUCCCUCGCCAGAUUUGGCUUCAAUCCCAACAUCGGCUCCAGCCCUGCAUUUGGCUCCGGCCCCAUCGUCGGCUCCGGACCCCACUUCAACUUUGGCCCCAGCACCGAUUCUGGUCCCCACAUUGGCUCGGGCUCCAACUUUGGCUCCAGCCCCCAGUUCAAAUUUGGUUCCAACGUCAACUCCGGGCCCAAGUUCAGCUGCGGUUCCAGCGUCGAAUCCGGCCCCAAGUUCGUCUUUGGCGCUGGUGUUGACUCCAGCCCCAAGUUCAACUUCACCCCCAGGCCCAGAUCCAGCCCUGCCUUCAGCUCUUAUGGCAUCAAUGUCAGCCCUGAACAGGAAUACAUGGAGGUGUCUCCGCCCCAAGGAACAAGGGAUGGAUUUCAGUCCUCCAUGGGCUCCAACAACCCGUUCCCUUCACUGGCUGCAGGCAACCCGCCCACUGCUUCCAAUAAGAUUGGUCCAGUUUAUGAAGCCAGCAGGAAUCCAGUGCCAUUCCAGGGGACCACAGACCCUGAUCCCAUCACUCUGAGUCAGAUGGAGCCAGCCUUCCAGAGAUCAUUCAGUACCCAGGAGCAAAUUCGGGGGUCCAUGGAAAUGGGCAGGGUCAACAGUACCAAUCAGCAAUCAGGUCAGAGAACCCAGCUGAGUCUCUUCUCCUCCUCCCCCUUCUGCACCAACCAGCCUGAGGCCAGAAGAGGAAUCCUGAGCAGGAAUCAAUCUCCAGAGGCCAACUCUUCACCCUCCAACUUCAAACCCAAGGGCAUCUUGGUCCCAGAAAGCUUCAAGGCCGAGCAACAGCUCCCUCAGGCCGCCGAAGGUGCAGCUCAUUCCCCCCAGAAUGUCUGUCGCCGCCUGUCCUGGGAUUCUUAAAGCUAUAGAGUCAGGGAACUAAUGUGUGGGUCACCCUCUUCUUUCUCUGUACACCCUCACAUCCCACACAAUUCACAUUUCAUGUCCCCCUCUCUUUUGUGUACGUGGGCAGCCCCCCCCAGCUCCUAAAGCCCAAUAGUGCUCAGAUUCUUAGUUCUUAGAUGCCCUAAGGGCCAGGCUCAGGCCCUCUAGCUUAGCAAUCAUCCCCUUCCUAGACCCUCAGCCCAGCACCUAAAUAGAUUCAUUACAGUUACAAAUCUUCCUCCUUACUUGUGAUAACCUAGAGGACAAGGAAAGGCAGCUUCUGGCCCUUAGCUGACUCAAGGAAGUAAGUAAAAGCCUCUUCAACUCCAACCACACCCCAUACCUUCGAUCACCACAGAGCACUUUGCAGAAGGUCCUUUGUAUCCAAGUACCUAGAAAGAACAAGCUCUCCAUUGAUGUGCACCAAGAUGCCUCUAACCUCUCCCAUCCCAAGAAUCCCCAACUUCACCUUCAUCUCCCCUAUGCCCUCCCCAACCUAUGUGGCUUCUAGACAGUAUAGGGACUGUGAACAUCCUAAAGGCAAGCGGUGAUGUCAGGGGACGUGGUUGGGAUGCCAAGGGUGGUCAGGAUGACUUAGAAAGGUUGUUCUAAAAGGAAAAAGGCAGGGACUGCCUUUAAGACCACUAAAGAAAAAUUGUCACUCCUGCAAGAGUCAUCUACCAGAACCUCUCCUUCCACUUUCAAACAUCUAAGUCUUUUAAACACCUACCCUUUCAAGGCAGCUACACCUUCAUCAGGGUCAAGAGAAUUGGGAAAGUUUGAACAAAAAUCAUAUACUUUUUAAAUAUUAAGACCCUUGUUCUCUCCUGUUAUGAUUUCAAUACAGUCUCAAAACAUUAAAUUUCUUGUUAUGAACUCAG